AUGUAUACUGAUGAUCGAAACAGUAAUCAAUUAUAUAAUACAAUUGGUAUUAAAUCUCAUGGAACAAUUACUUUUGCGGAUAAUAAAUCAAAUCGAGCAGAAUUUAUUCGUUUAUUACCUGAUGCUUCUGUCAUGCACGUUAAAGAAAUCGUGCUUCAGAAAUGGUGUCAUGAGCGACCAUCACUGGUUAUAUCGGUAACAGGUGGUGCAAAAGACUAUAAUAUGAAACCAAUAUUAUUGAGAGCAUUUCGACGUGGCCUUCUAAAAGUUGCAAGCACAACUGGUGCUUGGAUUAUUACUGGAGGUAUGAAUACAGGCAUCAUGAAACUUGUCGGUGAAAUAAUACAAACAAAUACUAAUCUUUCGCGUCCAAUUCAUUUGAUUGGUGUUGCAACUUGGGGUUGCGUAUCCAGUGUUGAUCAACUUGAUGUUCAUGGAGCAAAUGUACACUACACUAAACCACGUUCUGUAAUAAAAGGUGAAGCACCUCUUGAACCUAAUCAUACUAAAUUUAUUUUUGUUGAUGAUGGAACUCGAAGAAAAUAUGGUGGCGAAAUAGCAUUUCGUGCUAGCCUUGAAAAAGCUAUUUCAGGAGAUUUUUUUGCAACACGACCUACUACAAAUGAUGAUAGUGAUGGGGCAUCAUCAUUUUUACAAUCAGAACAAUUAGAUCGAGUACCUGUUGUUCUUCUUGUUGUUGAAGGUGGUCCAAAUACUGUUCGAACAGUUCAUCAAGCUGUUGUUCAAAAUUGUAUACCAGCUGUUUUUUUUGAAGGAACAGGUCGUUGCUGUGAUUUGUUUGCUAAAGCUUAUCAUCUUUACCGUAGAUAUCAUCGAAAUUUUGAAGCAUCUGAAGAAGCUACACGUAUGACUCCAGAAGCUAUAAAAAAACAUCAUGAUAAUAUAGAAAAUAAACUUCGUGAUGAUCUUAAACAAGAACUUGCCUAUAUUAAUGGUGUACGUGAUGGAGGAAAUACCAGUAGUAGUAAUAAAUUUCAAAAAGGUGGGAAAACUGAAGGCAAGACAAAGUCACGUGAAGCAGAUACAACUGAUUAUUUUGCAUUAAUUUAUGAAUGUAUUCAUACUCGAACAAAUUUUUUAAAUAUUGUCAGUCUUAAUUCACGAAGUCCAAUUGAGCCUGAUAUUGAUUUAGCUGUUUUACUAGCUUUAUUAAAAGCUACUCCAGGUUCUGAUUCGACUAGACCAAAUCAUCAACGAACGUGUGAACAAUUUCGUUUAGCAUUAGAAUGGAAUCGUGUUGAUAUUGUAAAAAAUCAUAUUAUGACUAAAGAUGAAUAUUGGCAAAGUGUUAAUGACAAUGAUUUAUUUGAAUUGGCACUCAUUCGAAAUCAAAUAGAAUUUGUUAAAUUAUUUCUUGAUCAUGAUUUUUCAUUAACUGAUUUAUUUCGAGAUCAUAACAAACUAUCAUUACUUUAUAAUUCUACAAUUUCUUCUUCAUGCAAGAAUCCAUUACGAAUAAUCUAUACAGAUAUAAUUCAACGAUUAAUAGGCGAUGUUUUUGAUGUUGAUGUUGCUUUAUGUCCGUAUACAAAUUCGCCUGAUACUAAUUUAAAUCUUGAUAAUGAUUCUGAAACAUGUACAUGUUGUACGAGAUCAUCAGGAGGUCAACAUCAUCAAAACAGAAUAUCUACUAAUUUCUCUGGAAGAUUAAGUACAGCAACAUCUUCCGAUUGUCAUAUGGAUGUCGACAAAGAACUUUUUCUCUGGUCUGUGAUAACCGGUAGACGUGAAUUUGAUCUAUUAUUUUGGACUCGAGGCAAAAAUAAAGUUUGUGCUGCAUUAAUUGCUGUAUUAAUUUAUAGAAAACGUGCUCGUAAAGAGAAUGAUAAUAGAUAUUAUCGAGCUGCUGAAGAAUUCGAAUAUUUAGCUGUACAAAUUCUUGAUCGAUUUUAUCAAAUUAAUGCUCGAGUAUGUACAAAAGCGAUUGUAAGACGAAUACCAUCCUAUGGCAAUAUCACAUGGUUACAAUUAGCUAUAAAAGCUGAAGCUAAACACUUUAUUGCUCAACAAGCAGUACAGGAUGUACUUAAUAAUAUUUGGUUUGGAUUUAUUGAUCACCGAGAAGGUCCUAUGAAAAUCAUGUUCUCAACAUUUAUGCUUUGGUAUAGUGGUUUUCUUCGUUAUCACAAUGAGUUAGUUAAAACAAUUGAAAAAAGAACAUUUCUAGAUGAAUUACUAAGUAAAACAGAUUUAGUAGAACGAAGUAAAACACCAAAAUCAACAAAUUUUAUGGAAAAACAAACAGAUGAUAUACAACAGACAUUAAUAGAUGGUAACAUAAAUGAGAAUCAUACUAAUGUUGAUGUUGUCGACAAUAGUGGUUGGUGUAAAAAAACAAAAAUUCGAAUUAUUAUUUAUUUUCGAAAUAUUUUUAAUUUUAUACGUGCUCCAUAUGUUAAAUAUCUAUAUAAUUUAUAUUCUCAUAUAAUCUUUUUAUCGAUUUUCUCUUACAUGAUAUUAUGUGAUUUUUUUCCUCUUUACGAAUUUAAAUCGGAUGUAUGUGGACCAGCUCAUCCUUCUGAAAAACAAGAUAAUAAUAACAAUCCAUCAAUUAAUACUGAUCAAAACAUAACGAACAUCACAACAGUUCCAUACGGAUUUCAAAAACACGAUCGUGCAUCUAUUACGGAAUAUAUACUUUUUGUUUGGGUUUCAACAUUACUUUGUGAAGAAUUUCGACAAGUUUUUGUAAGGGAAGCACAAACAAUUCGUAAUAAAAUUGCGUCGUAUUUUGCAAUAUUUUGGAACCAAUUAGAUAUUCUAGCCAUAAUUCUUUUUUAUGUUGGUUUUGGUCUUCGAUUUCUUCCAACAGCACAAUGUUUUUGUGCAGCACGUAUUAUUCUAUCAGUGGACUUAACAAUAUGGUUUAUGCGUUCAUUAGAUUUAUUUGCUGCUAUUAAACAACUUGGUCCAAAACUUGUUAUGAUUGGUGAAAUGGUACAUGAUUUGAAAUUUUUUAUGCUUAUGUUAACUGUAUUUAUUUUGGGAUUUGGUGUAUCAUCGUAUAGUCUUAUUUAUGGUGCAAAUCCAUUCAAUUGGGAUUUACCACGUCGAAUUAUAGAUUUUGCUUAUUGGCAAAUAUUUGGAGAAUUAACUUCAUUAGAUAUAUUUGGACAUAAUUAUCGACCAAAUGGUUAUGCUGUUUUUAUUUUACUAGUUUGCUAUAUGGCUAUUGUUAGUAUACUUUUGGUUAAUUUACUUAUUGCAAUGUUCAGUAAUACUUUUGACCGUCUUGAAACUGAUACAGAUCGAAUUUGGAAAUUUCAACGAUAUUCAUUAAUAUGCGAAUAUUUAUCUCGACCCGCAUUACCACCUCCACUAGUUCUUUUUACUCAUUUUUGGCGAUGCAUAUUAUAUAUAUCAUCAGAAUUGAUUAAAAUACCAGGGUUUGAAAAAAAAUAUGAUCGACAUAUAAGGCGAACUCAUUAUGAAAUUACGCUUGAUGAUAAAGCUGCUACUACUAUUGAAAUAAUUGAAGAUGCACUUGGUGAUGAAGUUUAUUAUCAUUAUGCAAAAAUUGGUAGAAAAUUUAACGAAGAACAGGAAAUUGAUGAACAACGAAUCCAAUCACCACAAAAUGCUAUCUUACGUAAAAUCAGUACACUUGAAAAUCGAAUACAAACACUUAAUAAUCAACAAAAUCAUGUGUUAGAAUAUUUGGAAUGUGUAAUUGAUAAUUUAAAAGCAAUGAGUGGUGAAAAUAUCAGAAUGUCAGACCGACGUCAUUCCGAUCCAGAAGAUGCAUUUGAAGAAACCAUGAUUCAUAGUGACCACUCAAGACAAGUUCUUCAACAAGAAUCAACAAUAGAUGAAAUCCCUCGUCAAUGGACUGGUUCUGUUGGUGAAUUGAAAUCAGCCAAAAGCUCUUUUUUUCAAAAUCGAACAACGUAA